AUGUUGGUGAUACGAGGGACUGGAGCCUUUGGGCUCUGCAAAUAUUCGUCUGCGGUUCGAAGACCAGCCUUUCGUUUGUAUUCCACCAAAGUCCAUGAUCCGCUUCGCAUCCUCUUUUGCGGUUCGGACGAAUUUAGUAUUGCCUCCUUGAAAGCGCUCCAUGCCUACCACCUCAAGCAACCCGAUCGCAUUGCAUCCAUCGACGUGGUCUGCCGUCCAGGCAAAAAGGUGGGAAGAGGAAUGAAGAAAAUCCGAGAAGUGCCUAUUAAGGACACUGCAUCGGCUCUUUCGCUACCAAUUCAUGAAAUAGACACAUUUACAAAGUGGACACCUCCGGUGACCCCGAACGGUCCCAUUAAUUUGAUCAUUGCCGUAUCCUUCGGCCUCUUUGUACCACCGCGCAUCUUGAAUGCUGCUCAAUAUGGUGGUUUGAAUGUACACCCAUCAUUACUCCCUGAUUUCCGUGGCCCUGCACCGCUACAUCAUACUCUUCUUGCUGGACGGACCCUCACGGGAAUUACUCUUCAGACUUUACAUCAUAAGAACUUUGACCACGGAGUGAUCAUAUCGCAGACUCCAAAGCCUGGACUUGAAAUUCCAAACCCCAAUACCUGUACUGUCCCCGAACUGCAGAACCUUGUCGCACCAAAGGGUGCGCAGAUGCUAGUUGACGGUAUCAAGGACGGGUUAUUCGUACCACCCCUGAAGGCAGCAGGAUGGGUUCCCACAGAAGGAAACGAAACCCUAAUCCAUGCCGGCAAAAUCCAACAAGAAGAUAGACAUAUCGACUGGGCCACUUGGACAAUGCAGGACAUUACUCGCCGUAGCCGAGUUAUUGGGCCUUUGUGGAGCAGAGCGCUCGUCCCAACGAAUCCCGGAGACACAAAUCUUUCUUUUUCCCAAAAGCGCGUUAUUCUCACACAAGUUGAGGAGGUUGAACCUCCAAAGGGAUGUGAUUCUUUUGCUCUUGUUCCCGGGCUGCCCUUUGCGAAUGCUUCGCACCCUGUUGGUCCCAAAAAAGGAAGAGCGCUUUACGUGUUCACUCAUGAUGGAAAGGUGUUGCGCAUCGAUCAGAUGAAGGUGGAGGGAGAAGCUGUUGCCGAGGGUCUUCGUGCUGCUAUCAAGGCUCGCAUGUUUGGUGAUCGAUCUUUUAUGUCGGGCGGGGCGGAGUUUACUCCCUUCCGUAACCCUCUUGUGUAA